AUGGGUGUCUGCAAGUCAGGCCUGGCCUAUUUCACGAUCGGCGCGGUCGCCAGGCAGGCAGGUCCGGCUCGGCGGGCGAAUCAGGGCGCAGGCGGCGACCCGGCAGCGCGGUCGGGCUGGCGGGCAACGUGCGACAAGUCGUCAUGGAGGCCCCCAGAUCAGCUGGCCGCCGCUCGUCGCCCUAACGCCGCUGCUGAGCAUCACGGGGCGGGCGAAAGAGGAACGCUGGAGGCUGAGAAAGGGGCGAUCGGCGCGGCGAUGCGUGGCGAAGCGGCGGGCUGUUUGGCAGAGGCAUAUUGGGUAGCGAGGGGAGGAACGCGGGAGCCCCGCAGAACAGCAAGCGUCGUUCCCCCCGCUGGAGCCCGGCCUGGGGUGCUGGGCCGCCCUCGUGACGCGCAACCUCUGCCUGGGCGCGUCGCACACGGAUUCCGCUACGGCGCUGACCGCACAACGCCCUGA